AUGGCAGAGCUGAGGCGGCAGCUGAACCGGCGUCUCCUGGAGGCGCUGCAGGCGGACGACGCGCGGCAGGUGCAGCAGAUCCUGGACACGGGCAGAAUGGACCUGGACACGGUGCUGGAGGUGGACGACCCGAGCAUGGUCCUGGCCUCCUACAAACAGGGGUACUGGCUGCCCGGGUACAAGCUGGAGAAGUCGUGGGCCAUGGCUCUGCACGUGUGCGUCAUGUACAACUCUCUGGAGUGCGCCGUGCUGCUCAUCCAGGAGGGGGCGGCGCUGAACCGGAUGCCCAACGGAAAGACUCCUCUGCACGUGGCGUGUGAAGUGUCCAACCCGGAGUGUGUGUCCCUGCUGCUGCGGCACGGAGCCAAGGUGGAGGCCCUGUCCCUGAGCGGGCACAGCGCCCUGCACUACUGCAUCACCGCCCAGUCUGUGCCCUGCGCCCAACACCUCCUGCACCACGGAGCCGACGUGAACGUGGCCAGCAACAACAACGACGAGGUGACUCCGCUCCACGCGGCGGCGCGCUUCGGGGUUCCAGAGCUGGUGGAGUUGUACCUGAAACACGGAGCGCAGGUCGACGCUGUGAACUCAGUCCAGGAGACGCCGCUGAUGACGGCCGCGUUCUGGGCCUACGACUCCAGAGAGCAGAGCUACAGCCCCCAGCACCACCAGGUCUGCAGGCUCCUGCUGGACCACGGAGCAGACCCAAACGCUCAGGAGGACGACCACAAGACGCCUCUGCACAAAGCGGCGUGGAGCUGUGACCAGGUUCUUCUGCAGAUGCUGCUGGAGGCCGGAGCCGACCCCAGAGCCAUGGACGUCAACGGCUGCUCCGCCCUGCACUACCUGCUCAAGGUGUCGUCUGUGCGGCCCGGAGCCACGCCCCACGCCUGCUUCCAGCUCCUGCUCAACCACAACGCCGCGCAAAUCUACCCGCCGCAGUUUCACAAGGUUCUGCAGGCGUGUCACGAUCUGCCCCGAGUGGUGGAGGUCAUGGCCAACGCCUACGAGAGACUCAAGCCCACCAAGAAGUGGAGGUCCUCCAUCCCAGACGAGUCCUACCAGCUCCACAGAACCUUCUAUGACUCUCUGUUCUCUGUGAGCACCUGUCCGCCCCGCAGCCUGCUGCACCUGUCGCGCUGUGCGGUCAGGGCGGCCCUGGGGGGGAUGUGUCAGCGACGGGUGGAGCUGCUGCCUCUGCCCCCAACCAUCCAGAGAUACCUCCUGCUGGAGCCACAGGGGCUCCUGUACUGAGACUCUGAGCGGACGAGAGUUUAGAAACACUUUAGUCUUACAGAGAUUUCCAGACGUGUGAACUCACAUCUGCCAACCUGCUCCAUCCACCCGUCCUACUGCCAACUCACACACGCCAGCUUCAUACGAGGUGUGGGUGAAGUGUCUUGCCUAAGGACCCAACAACAGUUCUGCCACGAUCGCCCACUGUGACUCGUGUAUUUCCAGCGUCUCCGUCAGACGAGCUCAGGCUCCUGAAGGAACUUUGGCCCCAGAGUCUGGAGACAAGUUUGUGUCUUUAUGAUCAAAUAAAAAUCAGGUCAUUCAUUCAUUUCUUGGUCCAAAAACAAAUAUAACACACAAAUAUAAUUCAUGAUGUACAAACAAAUGUAAGAACAUUCACAAACAUUUCUCACCUCAAAAGAAAAUAUGACAUGAUUCAGAAAUGUCAGUGCAGUUACAUUUAUUUGCAAACCGAUUUGUGACGACGCCUGUGUUUAUUUGUGGAUUUCUGAGACUUUCCUGAUACAAUUGGCUGUUUUUUUUUUUUGUUCACAUCAACUGAAGUUGGAGCGUGUGGUUCAUAUUUGACAAUAUGAACCACGGCAACACAAAUGGCAACAAACAUUUGAUACACUAACUAAAUGCUUUCAUAUAGUUUAAAUUAACUUCAGUCACGAAUAAAGGACUGAAACAAGUUAAAUUAGGAGGAAAUAAAAAAGUUAUACUGUUAUUUUUAUUUGUAAGUCAUGAAUUAUUUUUGUG